AUGCAUAUCACAUCGGGACUGUCGCCGGCGUCGGGCGAAAUGCUCGAUACGACGAUUCUUAACCUGUAUGGAGAUGCUGGAGAUCAGUGCGGUGGUACAUUCUUUACUGUGGACAGUGCAGUGCCGGAGUCGUCACACACAGUUGAAAUUGAAUAUAUAUACGAGCAACCAGAGGCUUACGCGCAAAAUAUCGAGCAGAUUGAGGUGAACGAUGCAGCUCAACCGAUCGUUAAAGAUCCGAUACCUCGGGAGAAUGUGCCGAAGAAGAAACCGAUCAAGCAUAAACCGGAGAGGACGAUGGUGGAGGAAAACGAGCCAGAGAUGGAUUUAACCAACUUGAAUUGGCUGCAAAAUAUUACGAACAUUAUGUCAGUGCCGCAGUUUCCAAUACUGCCGAUAUCGCCGAACCCACAGACGAAAACACAACCGCAGAACACGAGGCUGCAUAAAUUUAAUCAGACGAUCGCGAAAUGUCAAAAUGAUUUCAUGGAAAACAAGGAGGAGUACCAGACGAAUAGCGAAAAGAAGCCUCCUUAUUCAUACAGCACGCUGAUUUGCAUGGCGAUGAGAUAUAACAACGACAAGAUGACACUGUCCGCUAUUUAUUCCUGGAUAAAAGAUAAUUUCAAGUAUUAUCGAAAUGCCGACCCCACGUGGCAGAACUCAAUAAGGCAUAAUUUAUCACUGAACAAAGUGUUUGUUAAAGAGGCUAGAUCAAAACACGAGCCAGGCAAAGGCGGCUUUUGGAAACUCGAUCUCGCUCAUUUAGAAGGCACGAAGCGCAUUUCAAGUAGACCUCAAAAAAAGAAGAAGACUGUAACGAAUACAAGUAAUCCUAAAUCUAACGAAGACAGAGUCGCUGUAGCGAACAUACCGCAGAUUCAAAGCGUUAAUGAAAUUAGCGAUUUGGGACAGACCGUUACUCUGCACCUGCCGGAAUUCAACUUGGGCAUGCAAACGCUACCAAAUAUGGAAGUUGGAUCGAAUAUUGGGGCAAAUGUUAUAGUGGAGCCCGUUGCCCCGCCUCCGUUAAUUACCGAUUCUGAACCAGAUGACCUCACUUCGUUACUUCUGAGCCCAACGGAAUGGGACGACUUGCAGUUGGAUAUGCUCGAUAAUUAUUUGGAUUCUUGUUUCAAGUAA